AUGGCAGUAUACAAGUUUGCUGAUAAUAUAGAUUAUUGGAACGGGUUUGCAUGGACUACAUAUUUAUGGACCUAUACUUCGGGGUUGAUGCGUGGAAUGUUUGAAAAAAUAGAAACCUUUAGAAUAUUCAAGAAGGUCAAUCCCGAAUUGAAGAAAGUACACAAGUAUACCGUUGCCGGUUUUAUGCUUCCGUUUAAGAUAUGGAUUUUGGAAACGUUCCCAGAGACAACACGGUAUUAUACUCUUAACCAUGAAGAGUCUCCACCACAACAACAUAGUCCACAAUUUGUUGCCUCGCCUCCUCGAAGAAAGAAGUACAAGUCGAAAACAUCUUCGACUAAAACAACUACAAAUGCUUCUACCUCGCAACAGCCUGAAGUAGAAAGAACUUAUAUGUCAAGCGACACAUUAACAAGGUCGGUAAAGAAGAAGAAGACGAGCACAAAGGAAUUGGUGAAGCGUCUAAUAGGCGUUGUGGCUUACUUAACUUCUAAAGUACAUCGUGUAUUACAGCAAAAAGAUGAACCAGAUACAAGGUUUGGAGAGGAGGAGGACAUGGUAAAUGAAGAGGAGGAAGAAAUAUAUUACCAUGGUACACAGUUGCAUUAUGAUGAUACAUCUACGCAUGGUUUGGAGGAGGACGUUGGACGUAUACUUGCACAUGUUGAGCCGUCACCGGACGUGGGUCAACAUCACAAAAAAACAUUGACUCCCAUCGUUAGGCUGCAACGAAAGAGGGGUGUUGUAUGGUAUCAGCGGACGCCGAUCACAAUCCAAUCCACACCGGAAUUAAAGAAAAUCACCAAAGCAAGGGGGGAAAUCAGUGGAGUGUCCUGA